ACAUUUUCUAUUCAGCUGAUAAGUGAAAAGAGUUUUUUGUUACAAAAACAAUAAGAUUUUGAUAGUAAUAGUGAUAGCAGUGAGUAAUCUCUAUACACUCAUCUUAGCAUAAAUUUGCAAUCGUCGUGUAGUUAAGUUAAUUAAACCACCAAUCAAAACGAAACGAACUCAACGUAAAAAACGUAUUAAUCAUGUCAAGUCAUCAGUACAUUUCCAAUCCGUCCGAUCUAUUCGAAGAUGACAUUGACGACGAAACAUUCCUCAAAAACAGCAGACAAAACAAUCAUCCAUCGGAUCCGUAUGCCAAUCAGGCGCAAUUGUUCGAGCAACGUAAAAAGGAGAUCGAAGAACGCACACUGGCAUCGUCACAUCGCAGUCUGGGAUUGUUGCACGAAACUGAGCAGGUGGGCGUAGCUACUGCCGAAGAAUUAGCGAAACAAAGGGAGCAAUUAGAAAAUACCAGCAAGCAAUUGGAUGACAUCAAUUCGACGUUACGUUUCAGCCAAAAGCAUCUGAAUGGAUUGAAAAGUGUGUUCGGUGGCUUGAAAAACUAUUUGUCUGGCCAAAAGAAUAUGGAACCAGCACCGAGCAGCGGCAGAACAAAUAGUUUGGCGAAAAUAAACGAAAUUCCAACGGCCAAGGAGAAACCAUCGUAUGACUCACAUCCAGUUGCACGUUUACGCGGUCACGAUAGUGAUGGAUAUGGAUAUGGACAGCAGACGACCAGUAAAUCGUCUAGCUUCCAGGAUCAACUGGACAGAAAUCUGGACGAUAUGGGGUCGAGUCUGUCGCGGUUGAAAGGGUUGGCCAUUGAUUUGCAUGGGGAAAUUGAGGAGCAGAAUGAUCUUAUCGACAACAUUUCGUAUAAGGUGGAGGAUGUUGAUCUGAAAAUCGGUCGCCAGAACAGGGACAUGAACAAGUUGUUGGGGAAGAAGUGAAUUCGUCGACAAAUUAGAGCUAAAUUAUUGAUAUCGAAUAUUAUAUUGAAUGAACUUUAACUGGAAAAAAGAAUUUAGUUUACAUUUAACAGAUACACAUUCCUAGAAGGAGAUGCAUUCGGAGGGAAUGCUUCCGUAUGUGGAGUAAAGAUCUUCCGAAAAAAAUUUCGAGCUUUGAUGUUCGUUACUAAGAGAAUCGUUGCGGUAAAUAUACUCGAAAAUGUCAA